AUGCAGUUGGUGGAGCAGAUGGCUAGAAAGAAGCCCACACUCCGGCUUUUCGAAAAAGAUGUCGAAAAAUUCUUUCUACGACUUGUGAAAAUGGACACAAUGGAGGAGUUUUUGAAGAGGAGAGCGAACACAUCAACCUUCACAUUAACGCGCCUACUAGACAACCUCACCACUUACUCACGAAUCAAAGUGAAAACUGGCCAAAGCUUUGACGAUGUGCUUAGCUCCAAGAUUGACAUGCAGAGAAGACCGCGUUCUGAGCCUGAAAGAGAAGUGAAGCAAGAGGUAGAGCCAACGGUACCACGUCUUUCGAGUGCAUCAGAACUACAUGGACGCCUGAGCGAACAGCAGAAGAAAAUAGCACAAUUGGAAAGAUUGUGCCAGCGGUACGAGGAGAAGUUGGGACGCAAAGGCGACGAUCUUGAGCGAGCGAAGCUGCUAGAGGACUUCAAGAAAGCCUUAAAUGAACAGGAUGCGCUCAUACGGCUGCUCCAAAUGAAGAUGUCUGGCAAGUCCACAAAUGCUGAUCUUGUGGCAAAACUACCUUUCAUCAAACAGUAUCUUGAGUACGAGAAAACAAAGGUAUGGGGAACAGCACAAGAUUUGCUUGCAAUGGUACUAGCGUUCAUUUUCCUCAUGAACUGUCUUAAACUCGUAUACUACAUUGCACUUACCCUAAUGACACCAUCAUACUACAUAAACUCUUAUUCGGGUGAUUAUGUGGCGAGCUCGAAGUUCUCAUGGCUCCAGCAAAUGCCGUGGCUAGAAUACUGGUACUACAAUAUCGCCGACUGGCUCGAGGGAUAA